AUGGUAGUCAGCUUAUGGUUCGACUUGAUAAGCCCAUACUGGUGGGCUUUGACAGGCAUAGCGAUUGCGAUUGGGCUUAGCGUUGUUGGAGCUGGCUGGGGAAUAUUUAUCACGGGGUCAAGUAUUCUUGGUGCAGCCGUCAAGGCUCCACGUAUCAGGACGAAAAAUCUCAUCAGCAUCAUUUUUUGUGAAGUGGUGGCAAUUUAUGGUGUCAUUAUGGCGAUAGUGUUUUCUGCCAAGCUGCAGUAUAUAACGGAUGCUGAACUUGAUCGCGUUUCAAAUCGAUUUACUGGGUAUUCAUUAUUUUGGGCAGGAGUAACUGUCGGAUUCUGCAACUUAUUCUGUGGUAUUGCUGUGGGUAUCACUGGUUCUUCGGCUGCAUUGGCUGAUGCUCAGGAUGCAGCUCUAUUUGUAAAGAUUUUGGUUGUGGAAAUCUUUGGAAGUGUCUUAGGCUUAUUCGGAUUGAUCGUUGGGUUAUUGAUGAUCGGAAAGGCUCAAGAAUUUGCUUAA